AUGCAAAUGUGGAAUGAACAUUUUCCUCCAAGCACCAGGACAUUGACUUUCAACAGGAUGAAGACUACAACUUGUUGCCUUCUCAUCUCUAUCUGCUUUCUCCAGCUGAUGGUCCCAAUGAAUACUGAGAACACUUUAGACUCUUUGCUGGAGGAAAAAAUCAAGAAACUUAUCGGCUGUGGAGAUGACUGUACCUCCACUGUGACUAAAACUCUCUCCUGCACUAGUAUCCAGGCCUCAGGCAGACGAGCCUCCUGUCCACCCGGGACGGUUGUCACCGGUUGUGCUUGUGGCUAUGGUUGUGGAUCAUGGGAUAUCCAGAAUGGAAAUACUUGCCACUGUCAGUGCUCAGUCAUGGACUGGGCCACUGCCCGCUGCUGCCAAUUGGCCUGAGAAUGAGGAGGCUGAGGACCCAGUUUGGAAAUGAUGACUAUAAUGAAACCGCAAUCUGAACUUGGUAACCUGGCUCAUGUUCCCUUGAUGAAUUCAUAUUACCCAGUAACCCUGCUUCUUGAAAAAUAAAGAAAAAAUU